CCUGUCCCUCUUUCGUUUGCCAUCGUCAUCACCAGCAGCGCCAUCUGCACCGCACCAUCAACGUCGUCGUUGUCGACGUCGCCUUCGUCAUCGCGCCUCCCUGCCUUGCCCUUGGCCGAAGCGAAAUUGCGUUUUUCCCAUCCACCACACCCCAUCGUCGUCAAAGUCGUGAACCAGAUGAGGAGGAUGCGGAUGCUGUACACACCUCGAUUGUACGCGACAUGAUGCUGUGGUCUCAGUCGGUUUCCGUCAUUCUGCGCGCCAAAGCGUGAAACGGACGUGAAGGUUGCUAGUUGAAUGGUCGCGCGCGUAUCUCGUGCGUUCGAGUUUUUCCCCGUGCGUGUUGGAUCAGCAGUUUAGUGUGGAAAAACUUACCCCGGAAGGAACCCGGAAGCACCCUUUGGCGAUGACAGUUUUUUACAGUGAUUGGUGAUUUAUGCAACAAAUACUACUGAAUGUGAUUAGUGCUUUAUUGAUCCGAAAUAAAGUUAGUGAUAUUGUGAUAAACAAUAAGGAUUGCCUGAGGAAACAACGAAUAUGAACUGGCAUCCCGCUUUGAAGGAUUACCGCAGCCAGUAAAAGGAUUAGAAACAGAAACUUGUGGAUUUCACUUCUCGAAACUGUUGAACAACUUUAGUAAGAAGGUCUUGCCACACGCUGCGCCAUGAAGGAGAAAAGCAAGAAUGCGGCUCGCUCCCGCCGGGAGAAGGAGAAUGCAGAGUUCCUGGAGCUGGCCAAGCUUCUGCCGCUGCCGAGUGCCAUCACGUCCCAGCUCGAUAAGGCGUCGAUCAUCCGACUGACUACCUCGUACCUGAAGAUGCGCCAGGUGUUCCCCGAAGGACUGGGGGACGCCUGGGGCUCCCAGCAUAUUCCCACAAAUCCCCGAGAUUUGGCCAUCAAAGAGCUCGGCUCUCAUCUGCUUCAAACGCUGGAUGGGUUUAUUUUCGUGGUGGCGCCCGACGGUAAGAUCAUGUACAUCUCGGAAACAGCCUCGGUACAUCUCGGACUCAGCCAGGUCGAGCUGACGGGAAACUCCAUCUACGAGUACAUCCACAAUUACGACCAGGAUGAAAUGACGGCAGUCCUAUCACUGCAGCCGAAUAUGUUUGGUCCCGCUACACCACCUCCACCUCCCCCUACUGCAGCUGCUCAAAUGCAUCCGAUGGAGGCCUCCCCACCUGCCGGCGGCACUCCCACCAUCCCAACAGCCGUUAUCAGUCAGGGCCCACCAUCAGAGUCCCCGCCGCAAACUACCCCAAGCAACAGUUGUCCACCUUCCAUCUCACCUAGUCUCACCUCGAUCCCGCCAUCAUCCGUACAGCCCCAUUUGGGCCCACCUCCUCAAGUUCCUCCGGGACUUUCACCAUCCGUCAUUAGUCAAAUCCCACCGACGCCUACGCACCAGCUCCACCCGCAGCAACAACAGCAGCAGCACCAUAGCCAUCACAAUCAUCACCAUCAUCAUCACCACCACCACCAUCACCACUACAACCAGCAGUCGCAAACCAUCGAAAUCGAGCGGACCUUCUUCCUGCGGAUGAAGUGUGUGCUGGCGAAGCGGAACGCCGGGCUGACCACUUCCGGCUACAAGGUCAUCCACUGUUCCGGCUAUCUGAAGGCGCGCAUCUACCCGGGCGAUUCGACGUACGGCGAUGGGCACAGCUGCAUCCAGAAUCUGGGCCUGGUGGCCGUUGGACACUCGCUGCCCCCUUCGGCCAUCACCGAGAUCAAGCUGCACCAGAACAUGUUCAUGUUCCGCGCCAGCAUGGAUCUGAAGCUGAUCUUCCUGGACGCCAAGGUUUCCCAGCUAACGGGCUAUGAACCGCAGGACCUAAUCGAGAAAACACUGUACCAGUAUAUCCACGCGACGGAUAUCCUGCACAUGCGAUAUUCCCAUCAGAUAUUAAUGUACAAGGGCCAGGUUACGACCAAGUACUACCGGUUUCUGACCAAGGGCGGCGGCUGGACAUGGGUGCAGUCUUAUGCGACCGUGGUGCAUAACACCCGAUCUUCGCGGCCCCACUGCAUCGUCAGCGUGAACUAUGUGCUGAGUGACCAGGAAGCGCGAGACCUGCUGCUCAACGAAAUCCAGGGCCCGAUGAUUCCGAAACCGGAAAUCACUACCCCAGCACCUACUCCCGUCACCAAAGCGAUCGUGAAUAGCAGCAAUAGCAAUAAUAGUAACGCUGCCAACAACAUCAUUAACAGCAGUAACAUGACCACAAACCCGGAUGUGACACCGAUCUCACCUCCACUUGGUGUCCAGCAACAGCAACACGUGGCCAUGCAGCAAAUACAACAGCCGCAACAACAACCGCAACACCUGGGUCUUCAGGGACAGGCUCCAAUUUUACCGCCCCACAAUCCGUUGCUGGUCAAAGAAAUGAGCCACUACCUGCAGCUGCAUCAGUUCGAUGACGACACUAAUAUGCACCAGAUGGGCCAGGUAGGGGCACCGCUACAAGGUGGUCCUCACCACCACCACCACAGUCAGACGUCUGAUUUCGAUCAUCAUCAACAUCAGCAGUACAACGGUGGCCAUCAGGGUACGUUUAUGAUGGACUCCAACCAGUCGAUGCCUCAGGGAACACCGAACGAAUUUCUGGAUUCUUACUACGAUCCGUUCUAUCAGACGUACGACCCCCAGGGCGAUGGGUCGAACGUGCUGAGGCCCUUCUCGGCUAGCUCAAACAGCUGUAGCAGCUCAGACGGGGAAGCUCAUCUAACAGCCACCUACAUUCAUAACACGGCCCUCAUUCAGCAACAGCAGUCGCCUUACGACGAUAUAAGUCAACAUUUCAGCUUGAAUUGCUUCAACAGCAACAGCAACGGAAGCAACGGAACCUCUGCCAAUGGGCAUCUUAAUGGAACCGUGCACCAUCUACAUCACACGGUCGGUCCAACGAUAGCCAACGGAACAAAUAACAACAACAACAAUAACAACGGACUACACGAUAGUGGGUUCCUGGAGGACUUCAAAACCCACACAAAUGGAAACCACUCACAGCAUCACCAACAACAGCAGCAGCCAAAUCACCACCAUCAACAACAGUCGCAGCAGCAGCAACUCGCCCACAACGGAACGAUCGUUUCCGCAGGUCCGCAGUACACGAGCGUGAUUGUGGAACCGCCCAACUACCACCAUCAUUUGCCUGUGGCACCGAAUGAGUUCGUCCAUUAGUUGGAGUGUUCGUUAAGAAAUGUUCGAUUUGUUAAAAAUUAACUAUUUCAAAAAAAAAAAAGAAAAAGAGCGGAAUUGGGGUUUUUAAUACUUAAAUUUAAUUUUAAAUAUUUUUUAAAACCUACAUACUUUGGUCUGAAACAAAAUUCUCAUAAAUACGAAAACAAGACUGCAGGCAGUUGACUGGUGGUAGCCGGUUUUCCCUCGAUUUUUUUUAAAGAAAAUUAGUUGAAAAAUUACAAUUAGUUAAACGAUAGUUGAACUGCUUGUUAAAUUAGAAUCAACAGCAAUGAACGCUAAACUAAGACUGUUUAGUUUUCGGAAUUUGUUACCCGAAAAAUCUGUCCCAAAUUGAUAUGGUACCUCUUCAUCUCCUGUUCCGCGCUAUAGGUUGCUUACAUGUUUAGUAUUUAUUUAUUAGAGAUUAGAGAGAUCAUUAAGUGUACAUAUUUGUAACUAGAAUGGAAUUGCAUAUAUUUGUAAGUGUAUAUAACAAUAAUAAACAAAG